AUGAAAAUUAAAGAAUCACUUUACUUCAACCGCCUCGGAUAUGAGACGAAGCUCGAGGGAUUGGUUGCAACGCAGGGAAUGAACGAGAUUCGAGAGCGGGAGGUCCUCAAGAACCGCCAAAUAUACGGCUACUCUACUAAGAUUGGCAUGGGCGCCAUCCUCUGGCUUCCGACCAUGGGUUUGUCGACCAUCACAUCCAUUGUCGGCUUCAGACAACUUUGGGUAGCGUGCUCAAAGCUCAACGUGAUCAAUGGCAUCAUCAAGAAAUAUCAAAUCACGCCGUAUGAGUGCAAUCUACGAGAUCGCGUGAUACCUAUCGUUAUCAAUGUGUUAACGGCUGGUAUUGGCUUUGGGACUUCAGUACUGCUCAGCGACAUCGCAGCCAUGGGAGUCGAGGGAGCAUCAGCACAAGGGGUAGUCUUCGAUCCGCCAGAAAGUCUCGGGGAAAUAGCAGACUCAGCUACGGCGGAUCCCAGCAAUUUCGCCGAUGGCUUCUUCCACGGCGCCGAAGCUCAGGUUGAUUCACUUUCUGCUGCGCUCGACCCUGGCAAUACUGCUGCGAACGUGACCCAGGCAACCAUGGAAAACGCGGUUCCUCUCUCGGUGGGAAGCGAGUACAUGGACGGUGGUAACGUCGGGUACGAGGCAGCGGCAACGGUGGAGCGGUUCUUGGUGCAGCAAGCUGUGGCAAGUUCACUUGAGCACAUGGACGACCAAAGCGCGCGCAAUAAUCUCUACAGAAGAAUCAGCCAAGAUGAACAGGUUUCCGAAAUGCGCCCCACUCAUGAAAUGUACAAGUGGCAUGAAGAGCUGGACGAGGUUCAAACUGCCAUACAAGUGCAAUAUGUCGAGUUGAUCACAGCACAUUCAGCGUUGCUGAAUAGAGGCAGUACAGAGCGACACCUCAAAGCAUUGUCAAUCAAGAUGAGGGAUCAAGUAGUGUCACUUGAUGCAAGGGCAAGAGAUGACUGUUUGAACGCUGAAGACUGUCAAAAAGCUCGGUUUGUUAACGCAUGGGUUUCUUGUCUUAAGAGGUGGGAGGAGACGAUUAAAGAACAGGCUAUUAAGCAGGGUGAGUGGCAGAUAAUUAUUAAUAAGUGGCAACAGAGCUAG